UGCGCGUACGACGAAACGAACGAGUACUAAGUAGGUAGCCUGUCAGUAUCGCGGUCACCUGGGACGGUUGACAAUGAUCCUUAUUACUAAGUGCGAAAGCUCAAAAUGAGACACGCGCACACAUUCCUUUAAAUUUACAAACACAAUCAUUGUUGAAACGUCAUGUCAUACAAGUUAUAAUAACAAGCUGAGCGACUUGCCAGUAUAGGUAGGUAGUAGGUAGUUGUCAUUAUUUGUAUGUUGUGCUGUUCUGUUGAGUUUUGUGUGGGUUUUCCUCAUUUUUUAUCCUCAACCCAGUGCGAUAAAACCAGAAUUAUUAUUAAGAUUCUUAGUAUAUUUACUAAAAAGUAAACCAUUUAGUGCUUACGAAUCGAUGUCUUAGUGACGAUUUUAGUGACUUGUUCAUACAGCAGUAAUUUAUUAGUAUUUUUUAUACCUAACGCUUUCGUACAAAUUACAAAAUCUGUGUGGCGUUCGAGAAUGAUGUGUUUGUGAACUAUGGCGCGCUGGGUUCUGGUGCUGGCGCUGGUCGGGGCGUGGUGGGAGCCCGCGGAGCCAGUGGAGCCGCCGCGCUGCACCGCCGCGGGGCGCUGCGCGGCCGCAGGCAGCGGCCCGAGCGAGCACAACUACAUCGUUGACGGUUUAACAGUCUUUCUUGAAUAUACAGACAGUAGAUACUUUAAAAUAAUAUGCCCGAAAGGUUUGACACUCGACAAUUCAGCAUUACCUAGUUUCGAAUCGCAACUACGCGUAAGCCAGGUAUACUUUACGGAUUGUCCGUCGCCACAAAGCUCGUAUGCCGAAGUGCUCGAGAGAUUGAACGUGGUCGUGCUCGACAAGCUGUCGCUGACCAACGUCAGCAACCUCACCGCCGCCCACUUCGCGCAGCUCCAGCAUGUACUCGCACUGGAGCUGUACAAGGCGGCGCUGGCGCCCCGGGCGCUGGCCGCGCUGCCGCAGCUGCAGCGCCUACAUCUGGACAGCGUGCGCGUGGCGCCCGGCGAGCUGCGCCACCUGCCGCACUCGCUGGAGAAGCUCGACCUCGUGCGCAUGGGCACCAACGUAACGGCCGCAGACCUGGCCGCGCUGCCGCACCUGGCCAAACUGGUCGUAAUCGACGGCCCCAACGUGCGCGUGGAGAUGGGCCCCGAGCUACGCGUGCUGUCCCUGGACAUGCUUGAUGUGGUGCUGCCGCGCGAGCUGGGGCCCAAGUUGCUCAACCUGACGGUGCUCGGCUGGGCCGAGCUGCGGCCGGCGCCGUGGCUGCAGUGCGCGCUGGAGUCGCUGGACGCGCGCUUCGUGAAGGUGGAGGUGCUGCCGGCGGGCUGGCUGCAGCGCUGCGCCGCGCUGCGCUCGCUGCGCGUCGAGAUGGCCGAGCUGCCGCUGCGGCUGGAGCCGGGCGCGCUGCGCGGCGCGGCCAAGCUGGAAGAGAUCCGCCUCAUGUCCACGGCGCUGCAGUAUCUGCCGCCGGGGUUGCUGGACGACGCGCCGGAGCUAAAGCUGCUGGAUCUGCGCCAUAAUCGUCUGCUGGAGUUACCAGGGGGCUUAUUCGCGAAGACAAAUAAGCUGGAAACGCUGAAUCUGUCUAGUAACCAGUUCACACACAGCGUGUUGUCGUCACUGACGGCCGUCACGUCGCUCGUUACCUUGGACGUCAGCCGCAACGACCUCCACGACUCCUGCGGCAACAAAACUGAUGUAAUACGAGGAUCAUCACCUCUACAAUAUUUGACGAAGUUAAGGGAACUCCGUUUGAGUAAGACUAACAGCAGUAUGAUCUGUCGCGAUUGGCGGGAAAACAUGCCGCAUCUGAAAACGCUCGACCUCACGUACAACUCGUUCGAGUAUAUCACGUUCGCAGACAUGCAGUUCAACGGCAUCGUCGACGUCACCGUGGACCUGCAGGGCAACAAUAUCAGCACGCUGGAGUACACGCGCGACAACUACGAGUACGCCGUCAACGUCGUCGACGCGGCGUCGCCGCGCGCGCAACUGAAGCUGCCCGCCACGCUGCGCUGCGACUGCCACGACUACUGGGCCGCGCGCGCCUUCCACGAGCGGCCCACGCACGUCGCCGCGGAGCCGCGCUGCGCCGGCGGCGGCAAGCUGGGGCGCGCGCCCGACGCGCUGGAGUGCGCCGGCGCGCCGACCGGCGUGACGUGCGGGGCGCCGUGCGCCUGCGCCUGGCGGCCCGGCCCGCGGCCCGUGCUGCGCGUGCGCUGCGCCGGCGCCGGCCUGCGCUCCGUGCGCGCCGCCGUGGCCGCCGUGCGGGCGCCGCGCGGCCCGCCCGUGGACUGGGAGCUGUACCUGGCCGACAACCGCAUCGACCGCGUCGACCUGGACGACUUGCCGCACAAUCUCACGGUAUUGGACUUGCGCAACAACUCCGUGAGCUCGCUGAGCGCGACCACCGCGAGCGAGCUGGUGAAGCACGGCCUGCGGCUGGCCGACAACCCGCUGGCCUGCGACUGCGGCGCCGCCGACACGCUGGCCGUGCUGCGCGCGGGGCUACAGGACGCCGCGGCCGCGCGCUGCGCCGCCGGGGGCGCGCUGCUGCAGGCCCGCCCGGCGCCCUGCGCGCGCUGGCCGGCGCCGGCGCUGGGCGCGGCCGCGGCGCUGGCCACGCUGCUGGCGUGCGGCGCGCUGCUGGCCGCGGCGUGGCGCCAGCCCGGCCUGCGCCUGCGCCUCAAGGCGGCGCUGCACCGCCGCGGCUGGCUGCCGGCGCAGCCCGAGCCGGAGGACGACGCGCGCCGCUUCGACGUGUUCGUGUCGUUCUCGCACGGCGACGAGCGGUUCGUGCGCCAGCUGGCGGCGCGCCUGGAGAGCGGCCCGGCGCCCUACCGCCUGUGCCUGCACUACCGCGACUGGGCGCCGGGCGGCUGGAUCCCGGCGCAGAUCGCGGCGUCGGUCCGCGCGUCGCGCCGCACCGUGGCCGUGGUGUCGGAACACUUCCUGCGCUCGAGCUGGGCGCGCGCCGAGUUCCAGGAGGCGCACGCGCUGGCGCUGCGCGACGCGCGGCCGCGGCUGGUCGUGGUGCUGCUGGACGACCCCGCCCGCCUGCCGCUGGACGACCGCCUGCGGCGCUACCUGGCCACCAACACGUACGUGCGCUGGGGCGACCCGUGGUUCUGGGAGAAGCUGUACCUGGCGCUGCCGCGGGGGCGCGGGCCGGCGCCCCCUCGGCCGCGCCCCCGGCCACCACGCUGGCGUCGGGCGCGGCGCCCCCGCUGGACAAGUCGUCUGCCGCGAUGGACGGCGAGGACUCCACGCUAAUACCGUUAACUCCGGCGCCGGCUUAGAUUUCCUCCAAUUUCGAGAUAGUUGGCUACCCGCGGCACGCCGGACGUCGUGGCCCCACGGCACAUGGAGGCGUGGCGCGACGUCCGGGCGUAUCGCGGCGGCGUGCCGUAGUCGUGC